AAGCGGCGCGUGAUAUCCUUCCGCGGGAGUCGAGCAAGGCCCUUUCCCUCCCGACAACACAGAAUGAACAAGCGGCAUUGCUGCUUAAACAAUUUUUUUUUCAGGUUCCGCGUUUGGAAAUAGCGCAUAUCCAGAGUAAACUAAUCGGCUGGGGGAUACUGGGCGUGUAUGUUUUUCUCACCGGCUUUCAUUGAUUUAUCCACGGUCUUGUUACUUUGGUUGAACACUGAAGAAAUAUAAUCCGGGGUUGAGUUGUGCGCGGCAAUCUAACUAGCUAGCGACUUCUGUGUAGAGUGGUUGGGACAGAAUGGAGCUGAUAACAAUCCUCGAAAAAACUGUCUCUCCAGAUCGAAAUGAACUGGAGGCGGCACAGAAGUUUCUGGAGCAGGCGGCAAUUGAGAAUUUGCCCACGUUCCUGGUGGAGCUCUCCAAGGUGCUCGCCAACCCUGGCAACACCCAGGUGGCUCGCGUGGCCGCAGGGCUGCAGGUGAAGAACUCACUCACCUCCAAAGACCCGGACGUGAAGACGCGUUACCAGCAGAGAUGGCUGGCCAUCGACGCCAACGCCCGGAGGGAGAUCAAGAACUUUGUUCUGCAGACCCUGGGCACGGAGACGUACCGGCCCAGCUCGGCCUCCCAGUGCGUGGCCGGCAUAGCCUGCGCAGAGAUCCCCGUCACACAGUGGCCCGAGCUCAUUCCCCAGCUGGUGGCCAAUGUGACGGACCCCAGCAGCACUGAGCACAUGAAGGAGUCCACCCUGGAGGCCAUUGGAUACAUCUGCCAGGACAUAGACCCUGAGCAGCUGCAGGACAACGCCAACCAGAUCCUGACAGCAAUCAUCCAGGGCAUGAGGAAGGAGGAGCCCAGCAACAACGUCAAGCUGGCUGCCACCAACGCGCUGCUCAACUCACUGGAGUUCACCAAAGCCAACUUUGACAAAGAGACGGAGAGGCACUUUAUAAUGCAGGUCGUCUGCGAGGCCACACAGUGCCCAGACACCAGAGUGAGUAUCGUACGAGUGGCUGCCUUACAGAACUUGGUGAAGAUAAUGUCUUUGUAUUAUCAGUACAUGGAAACGUACAUGGGCCCAGCACUGUUUGCGAUCACAAUAGAAGCCAUGAAAAGUGACAUUGAUGAAGUUGCCUUACAAGGAAUCGAGUUCUGGUCGAACGUGUGCGACGAGGAGAUGGAUUUGGCCAUUGAAGCGACUGAGGCAUCGGAGCAGGGCCGGCCCCCGGAGCACACCAGCAAGUUCUAUGCUAAAGGAGCCUUGCAAUACCUGGUGCCCAUCCUCACCCAGACACUCACCAAACAGGACGAGAACGACGACGACGACGACUGGAACCCGUGCAAGGCGGCGGGCGUGUGCCUGAUGCUGCUGGCCACGUGCUGCGAGGACGACGUGGUGCCUCACGUGUUGCCCUUCAUCAAGGAGCACAUCAAGCACCCCGACUGGCGCUACCGCGACGCCUCCGUCAUGGCGUUCGGCUCCAUCCUAGAGGGGCCCGAGCUCAACCAGCUCAAACCCCUCGUCAUCCAGGCAAUGCCCACGCUGAUUGAGCUGAUGAAGGACCCCAGUGUUGUGGUGAGGGACACCACGGCCUGGACGGUGGGCAGGAUCUGUGAGCUGCUGCCGGAGGCGGCCAUCAACGAGGUGUACCUGGCCCCUCUGCUGCAGUGUCUCAUCGAGGGCCUGGGGGCCGAGCCACGCGUCGCAUCCAACGUCUGCUGGGCCUUCUCCAGCCUGGCGGAAGCCGCGUACGAAGCCACAGAUGCAGCGGAGGACCAGGAGGAGCCUGCCACGUACUGCCUCUCCUCCUCCUUCGAGCUCAUCGUCCAGAAACUCCUAGAAACUACAGACAGGCCGGACGGUCACCAGAACAACCUGCGUAGCGCGGCCUACGAGGCCCUGAUGGAGAUUGUGAAGAACAGCGCCAAGGACUGCUACCCAGCCGUGCAGAAGACCACCCUGGUCAUCAUGGAACGCCUGCAGCAGGUCCUGCAGAUGGAGUCUCACAUCCAGAGCACGUCGGACAGAAUUCAGUUCAACGACCUCCAGUCUCUACUGUGUGCCACCCUGCAGAAUGUGCUGAGGAAGGUGCAGCACCAGGACGCGUUGCAGAUCUCAGACGUGGUGAUGGCCUCCCUGCUCAGAAUGUUCCAGAACACCGCCGGCUCCGGGGGCGUACAGGAGGAUGCGCUCAUGGCCGUCUCAACCUUGGUGGAAGUUUUGGGUGCUGACUUUCAGAAAUACAUGGAUGCCUUUAAACCCUUCCUGGGAAUUGGACUGAAGAAUUAUGCAGAAUAUCAAGUGUGUCUGGCCGCGGUGGGCCUGGUGUGUGACUGUGCCGAGCCCUGAUGUCCAACAUCCUGCUUACUGCGACGAGAUCAUGC